GGCGGGACGGCUUGUGAGCUCGAGCGAAUGGAGCUGUGGUCGCCAUUAAACGUGGGGCUGAGGAGAUUUUAACGCCCAGGUGGGAUCGAGAGGAAGAAAUCGGGCGAUCUUUUACGAAAGCUUCCUAUAUCUUCAAAUGGUAGCUCCCCCAAGAAGAUAGUGUUGAUUUUCAAUCAUCGGACCAGGAGUUGUCGGGUGUUUCACCUAUCCCCGCCCCCCCCUUCUCUCUCUCUCUCUCUCUUCAUCCGGUCUCUGGGCCCUGAGUGUUUCUUUCGCCCCCCCUGUUUCGAGGGGAGAAGGAGGGGGGUGGGAUGUCGGAAGGCGAAAAGACGGCCGUGGUGGCCGCAGCGGCGGACAAGGCGGCCGAGGCCAUGAACGCCGCCGCCGAGGUGGACGACGAAGAGGAGGAUGAGAGCGAGGACGAGAGCGAGAUCCUGGAGGAAAGUCCGUGUGGCCGCUGGCAGAAGCGACGGGAGGAGGUGAAUCAACGCAAUGUUCCUGGGAUUGACAGUGCAUACCUGGCAAUGGACACAGAGGAGGGAGUAGAAGUUGUGUGGAAUGAAGUCCAGUUCUCAGAAAGAAAAAAUUUUAAACUGCAAGAGGAUAAGGUUAAGGCUGUCUUUGACAAUCUCAUCCAGCUGGAGCACCUGAACAUUGUGAAAUUUCACAAGUAUUGGGCAGAUGUGAAAGAAAAUAAAGCUAGGGUUAUAUUUAUAACGGAAUACAUGUCAUCAGGAAGCUUAAAACAGUUUUUGAAGAAAACUAAGAAAAACCACAAAACUAUGAAUGAAAAGGCUUGGAAGAGAUGGUGCACACAAAUUUUGUCUGCCUUAAGCUACCUCCACUCUUGUGAUCCUCCAAUAAUCCAUGGAAACCUGACUUGUGACACCAUAUUCAUCCAGCAUAAUGGUCUCAUAAAAAUUGGAUCUGUUGCACCUGAUACAAUUAACAACCAUGUGAAAACCUGUAGAGAGGAACAAAAGAACCUGCACUUUUUUGCCCCAGAAUAUGGAGCUGUAACAAAUGUGACUACGGCUGUUGAUAUUUAUUCAUUUGGAAUGUGUGCGUUAGAGAUGGCAGUAUUGGAGAUCCAGGGUAAUGGAGAAUCAUCUUACGUGUCGCAAGAAGCAAUCAAUAAUGCAAUUCAGUCACUAGAAGAUGCUCUGCAGCGUGAAUUUAUUCAGAAAUGCCUGGAGGUUGAUCCUGUCAAGCGACCCACCGCACGAGAGCUUCUGUUUCACCCAGCUCUAUUUGAAGUACCUUCACUAAAGUUAUUAGCAGCGCAUUGUAUUGUCAGUCAUCCUCAUGUGAUUCCUGAAAAUGCUUUGGAAGAAAUAACAAAAAGCAUGGAUAUGAAUGCAGUUCUAGCAGAGAUUUUCCAUCAUGAUGCAGAGGGAGUACAAAUCAGAUUCUCCCAAUUUCCUGCACUGGAGUUAGAUAAGUUUUUAGAGGAUGUGAGGAAUGGUAUUUAUCCUUUGACUGCAUUUGGAAUGCCCAUGCCUCAGCAGCCACAGCAAGAGACUGUGACAUCACCCAUUAUCCCACCAUCUGUGAAAACCCCAACACCAGAACCUGCAGAGCUGGAGACAAGAAAGGUUGUUCAGAUGCACUGCAAUAUUGAGCCAGUUGACGAAGGAGCCAAGCAUCAUUUAACUCUACUCUUGAAACUGGAAGACAAGUUAAACAGACACCUCAGCUGUGACCUGUUGCCCAAUGAGAGCUGUCAAGAGCUGGCAGCAGAACUUGUUCAACUGGGAUUCAUCAGCGAGAUUGAUCAAAGCCGGUUAACCACAUUGCUCGAGGAUACAUUCAGCAAAUUCUUCUACAGCAGGAAUGGCUCCAUCUCCGAUGUCACUGUUUCAUCAUAGCUAUCCCAGAGUCAUUGUUUGACGCAGCUACUUCAUCAUCGGUCUGAGACGGGCAAAAGACGGCAUCACAGGAAGCCAUGCAUUCUGGCUCAAUUGCAUGUUGUAGUAUGGUGAUGAGUUUCCAGCUACGAUUGGUGAACAUCCCACCUUUGAAAAGUUCUGUUGUCAGUAUUAUGUCCCAUCUGUGCUUCACCCUGUGACUGUCGUAUUUUCUUUAGCCGUAUGACUUGCAAAGCGCUGCCACAUUGGAAAAGCGCUUUUCCUUAAUUGAAGUAUAGGUGGGUUGGAGACAGGUGGGGGGGGAGGGGAGGGGGAAGAAGGUUGCUUAGUCUGACGUGGAUGCGCCACAGAAGAGCUAUAAAGUGAGGGGUCUGCACAGAAUGAAGUAUCACCUAGAUACGUUUUUGUGAACUCUUUCAAAACAUUGUAUCGCUUUAUAUAUGCCAGUGAUGUGCAUGUUUCCUCUAUAUGUUGUAUAAUCUUUGCACAUUUGUUUUCCAAGAAGUGGGAUGCUAGGUGAUUUUUAAUUACUUCCUCACAAUGUUCCAGUAAACACAGUUUAAAAGGUUGCCUGUGAGAGCCAAGUCCCACUACUUGUCAAAGUUUAAAUUUUCAUAAAUUGCCAUGGCUUUUGUGCACAAGUGUGAAAAAAAGUGAUUGGUCACAAACUUGAUGGUUAACUAGUCUUUUUUUUUAAGUGACCAUUUCAGUAAACAUAUUCAAAUUGAUUAAUGGAACUUCAGUGAAUUUGUCUGGAUUCAAGCACAAAAUUGAAGCAUCUUGCUUUCCUUGCUCCAAUGUGUAUAGAAUUUCUGACCCAGAAAUGAAGCUACAUUGCAAAUCCGUUCCAAGUCCUAGGAUUCACCUGAUACACCAAGGCUGCCUUUAUUUUAACUGAAUGCUUUAUUGAAGCCUUCCUCAUCCUUGCCCAUUCUUUUUCAUCAAGCCAAACCAUGAAACAGAUCUGUAAUCCUUACUCUGUAGCAUUUUGAGUUGUGUGGCUGAGGUUAUGUAGUAAUGCCUUCUAUUUGUUUUGAUACAAGAGCACACCAUUGUAAUUAUAUUGAGAAUUUGUUAGCCUUGUGUUUCUGAAAAGUCAGUUGGCCAAAGGAAGUUGAGAUGAUUUGUGUUUCAUCAUCUAUCCUGAGCCAAAUAGUACACAGUGCCCAUAAUAUGAUAUGGGCAUGGUUCUUUGGUGAUUUUGCGUUGAGCAGAGGGAAAGGUAAAGACUGCUUGUAAAAACCAGUUUGCCAGUAACCUUUUCUGAUUAUGUCUUGCAUUUUCUCAGCUUAGUUAUGUUUUCUUGUAUAUGUUGUGGAAUGUUUUCAAUCCAUUCUGCACAUAGACAAUGAAAUUUUGAAAUGAAAAGAAUUGAGACAUGAUACAACACAGUGAAAGGAAAAAUUCAUUGUGGAGUGGGGGAGCAUUGGAGAAUUAAUUCAAGUUGCUGUAACUUUUGGGAAUUGCAAAACACUGUAUUUGUGGCAUUGUUUAAAGCCCUGUCUGCGUUCAAUGCAGCAUUCAUUGGAGCAAAUAUACUGUACUGAAAAAGCAA